UCUGUCUGUCGCUCUGUCAUUUCUUUUCAAAUCUCAUGAACCUCGUGACUAUCAUUUACGCCCUUUUAUAACGCUCUCAUUCCUUUCAAAUAUCACGUUCCUCCUCCUCCUCAUCCCAAACCCAAACCCAAACUCAUUCAUCUCUAAAAAGCACGAAGAAGAUGUCGAGGGCAACCGUUGAGCUCGAUUUCUUCGGAAUGGAGAAAGAGAGCUCUUCCAAAUCUCAGUUCCAGAAGUUUCUUGAUCGCCAGAGAAGCAUUCGAGGUAUGCAGAGCCCCAUUUCCAAGAUCAACACUGAAGUUCUCAAAUCCGUGAUUUCCUCCGGUUCUGUGAACCACGGCUACGAAAGCGGCAACCCGAUUCCUUCAAAGGUUUCGGUUUCGAGGCCUUCGAGUCCCGCUUUACCUGUCUAUACUCCUCCUACACUCAGGCCUAGCUCUGAGAACCUUUCAGAAACAGCACCUUUAACGAUAUUCUACAAUGGGACUGUCUCGGUUUUCGAAGCGCCUCGAGACAAGGCGGAGAACAUUUUGAAGCUUGCUCUGGAAAGAACAUUCGAUUCGAUGAAUCUUGCAGCUCCUUCAAGCGACCAACAACAGCUGCUCGAUACACUGAACGGAGAUCUCCCAAUUGCACGAAGAAAGUCGUUGCAAAGAUUCUUAGAGAAGCGCAAAGAGAGGUUGACUUCAGUUUCGCCUUAUGCUUGUUACACCUAAUACGCGUUUUCUGCCCAUGACAGAAGAUCGCUGUAGCACAAGUAGUUGUAAAAUGCUUUUGUCGUUUGAAGGAUUUUAGCUUUAUUCUAGUAAGCUUGUUUUUUCCUCCUGUUUAGGCAGAUGGGGGGUGUACCAAUAGAAUAGCUCGGUACCGAAGAGACCGCAGAGGUGGUUCACGUUUUUAGUAAUAUGGGUGUUUGUACUUUGUUUGUCUAUGACUAGUCUGCCUCCUUCCUCUGGACUUUUCCCGUGGGUCAUCCAUGUGGACUUGAAGCCAUUUGUUUAUUAUUUAUCAAGUUAUAUAGUUUGUGUCAGAUGUUUACUACGAUUGAAUUCCGUAUGAUUUAAUCCAUACCCUAAAUUGGAUUCGGUGGGUCGUUUUGUC